AUGACCCAGACGGAGAUGGAGACAGAGAUGAAGAUGACAAAGUGUGCGGCGAACUGGUCGUACCUGGAAUCGACCGCAUCAGCCGCGGCAUCGACAUCACCGAGCUCGACCUGACGCCGCCGGAAACGGCCCGAACCGUCAUCGGCGGCGUCCGCUCCCGCUUGAUCGACUUUACCUGCAACCGCGAGGAGAAGUGGCAACACCCGCAGACUGAGGUCACCUACGAUGUGCCCGAUCAGGUGCAACGACCGGCGACACUGCCCACCGGGUCGCUGAAAGCGGUGGUAAAGAUCAGCGGCGACUCUGAGGAGCUGAAGAAGAGCUGGAGCACCAAGGUGGGCGCCGGGCUGGAGGACGUGGAGAAGUUCGGCUUCAGCGCCUCGGUUACCUUUAAGGGCGUUCAGGAGAGCUUGCACCAGAAUAAUAAGACGAUGGCUGAGACCACAGCCGCCGUCUCCACGCACAUGGUCGACUUUAAACUGCCCCGCCACCUCAAACUAACUGACGACUUUAGCCAGUUCUUCGACGACGACGGCGACGGUGAUAAGGCCGCGGUGGCCAAGUACGAGGAGAAUCCUCGACUGUACGACAAGUUUGUACGGCAGUUCGGCACCCACUACUUCGAGUCGGCCACCUUUGGCGGCUCGCUGUACAUGAAAACGCAAUUGGUAGAGCGGUACGUCAGCGCCAACAGCGAGGACGAGAUUGAGUCGAACUUGGAGGCGAAGUUUCUGGGCAAGUUCAACGUCAACGCCGAGACGGAUCACAAGCGGAGCAAUGUCAGCGACAGCUUUGAGAGCAGCUCCAAGACGGAGAUUGUCUACUAUGGGGGCUGGCUUCCGGAGGGCGUCACCACUGAUAAUCCUGACUG